AUGUCAUCCGCAUCCACCUUCCUCGACGCCGUCAAGGCCCGACGCACCAUCUACCAGCUCUCGUCUGAAUCGACCAUCCCGGACUCGCGCAUCAAGGAGAUCGUCGAGCAAGCCGUGCUCCACGUCCCGUCCAGCUUCAACUCGCAGUCGACGCGCGUCGUCGUGCUCCUGGGCCCCGAGCACAAGAAGCUGUGGGCCGACAUUGUCAAGCCGGCCGUCAAGGCCGUCGCGCCCGCCGAAGCCUGGCCCGCGUCCGAGCAGAGACUCAGCGGCUUCGAGGCCGGAUACGGCACCGUGCUGUUCUACGAGGAACCCAAGGUCGUCGCCGGCUUGCAGGAGAAGUUGCCCCUGUACGCCGACAAGUUCCCACAAUGGAGUGAACAUACCAAUGCCAUUCAUCAAUUUGCCAUCUGGACCGCUUUGGAACAAGAGGGUCUCGGAGCAAACUUGCAACACUACAACCCUCUGAUCGACGAAAAGAUCGCCGCCACCUGGAAUGUCCCUCAGACCUGGAGCCUCAAGGCCCAAUUGGUCUUUGGCAAGCCCGUUGGCGGUCCCUUGGACAAGGCAUAUGGUCCUCUCGAGGAACGUGUCUUUAUCCACGGUGCCAAGAACUAA